AAAAGACAAAUUUAGUUUAAUUUAAGUGGUGUCCAAAGUUUGUUAAAAAAACAAGUCAACAAACAUGUUUCGUUUUAUGGUAAUUGCCUUAUGUUUGGCUGUUCCUGUGUUGUGUAACUCAGCUGGUGCUCCUACUGCUAUUUGCAAAAAUGGUCUAACACCUGAACAUCAUGUUGAACCGCAAUCCAGUCAAGUGCCUUAUAGCUUUUCGGGUGGCAACGCUGUUAAGGCUGGCGAUAAGCUUACUUUAACUUUGGGUGGUGGUGAAUUUUUGGGUUUCGCUUUACAGGCUCAAGAUGCUAAGGAACAUCCCGUGGGUACUUUCAAGGUUAUUGAGACCAAUAAGUCACAAUUGUUGACCUGCUCAGCUGCUGGGGACACCUUAACCCAUGUCCAAUUGAACAAAAAACCCAUUACUAGUGUAGAAUUCCAAUGGGUUGCCCCCGCCGAUUAUAGUGGUGCUGUUAAGUUCGUUGCUACUGUUGCCAAGGAUGGUGGCACCUACUGGAUCCGCAAGGUCAUUAAGGAAGUAACUGUACAAUAAUUGUAUUAUUUUUAAUGGUGGGUGUAGUGCGUCAAAAAUUGUAUUUUUUAUUUUUGAUGCACUUGAGAUAAACAUAUGUAUUUUAUUCGUUUUUCGAAAUUAUGUGAUAAAUUGUUAAUAAACUUUAUUUUUUAAUGCAAAUUUUUGGCAUUGCAAAAAAA